AUUCUCGCAGGACGACUAAGUGCUUUUAGCGCAAAAGGUACAAUUUUUCAGCUCAUUCAUGAAAGUCACUUUAUCAAUUUUUGUAGUGGUAUUUGCAGUCAAACGCCGAUGACUUGGAUAUUGAUGGAGUAUUGUGAUGGAAAAUCGCUAAAAGAAUUGAUUCACAGCGAUCAGGAAAUUGAAAAAAAAGAUAUUCGCUGCUGGGGUAAACAAAUUGCAGAUGGCAUGAGCUACCUACACUCGAAGAAAAUUAUUCAUCGUGAUUUGAAACCCUCAAAUGUCCUCAGUACGAAUAAUGUUUUGAAAAUUUCUGACUUUGGCAUGUCAAGAAUUUGGGAAAUGUCGAACAUGAAAAGUAUGACUUUGUGUGGUACACGUGCGUACACAGCUCCUGAACUGCUUAAAGUGUGUUUUAAACACUUAAAUUCUCCUUUCUUUCUUUUCAUAACAUUUCAAUCUUGUUUAAUUCUGUUAUGGGAACUUUUGACAAGGGCGCAACCGCAUUCGUAUGUGAAUAAAGUUCACUUAGAAUACCUUAAAAUAACUAUCUUUUAUAGGACAGUUAGUCUUCUAUUCCCCUGUCUCGCAGAAAAUCCUGAAAAACGUCUAUCAUUUCAGGAAAUUUUACUCAAAUUUACUAAUUUGAAGGUAACCUUGACUUCUAGUAAGUGUUCAGUGGCAGUAGAUUACAAAGUUUCUACAUCAGACACUUGCAGAAGUCACAGUAAGUUUACUCGUUUUUUUUUUUUUACCAUAAAGUUUUCAUGA